AUGAUCCUUUCAUCUUUUGGGCAAAAAAUCAACUUCAGGAAGGCUACUACCUGGUCCCCUCCAAAGCCUGGCUGGCUAAAACUAAAUUUUGAUGGUGCUUCUAGAGGCAACCCAAGCCCUUCUGGCAUAGGAUACAUAAUCAAAGAUCGCUCAGGAUCAAUUAUAGGGAAAAUGGCAAAGCCGAUUCCACCUGACACUAAUAAUACAAUAGAAUUCAAAGCAUUACAGCUUGGAUUGACGGAUUGCAUAAAGCAUGGUUUAAAAAACAUUACAGUGGAGGGUGAUUCAGAGAUAGCAAUAAAUGCAAUCAAGAGGAAAAAAAACCCAAAUUGGAGAUUGCAAGGAAUUUUAGACAACAUAAUAGCAAACUUGGCUAGAAUUGAGCAUUAUGAAGCUAAGCAUAUUUACAGAGAAGCAAAUUCAGUGGCAGAUGCCCUUUCAAAAAUUGCAGUGUAG